CUGGCCUGCUACCAGCUGGGGCUCGACGCGGCUGUAGCAGAAGUGAAACUUCGUGAUGAUCAGUAUACUCUUGACCACAUGCGUGCUUUUGGCAUGUAUAAUUAUCUUCACCUUGAUUCCUGGUACCAGGAUAAUGUCUACUAUGUUGAUCAGUUUGGAAGGGUAAUGAAUGUUUCGGUGACUCUGGACACUGCUCUACAAAAACCAAGAGAAGUUUUCAGGCUACCUACAGACUUGACAGCUUAUGAUAACCGCCUUUGUGCCUCAGUCCACUUCUCAUCUUCCACAUGGGUUACCCUUUCUGAUGGUACAGGAAGACUGUAUUUAAUUAAAUCAGGCAAGCGUGGAAACGGUGCAUCUGAAAAGUGGGAGAUUGUGUUUAAUGAAGAACUAGGAAAUCCAUUUAUUAUAGUGCACAGUAUUUCAUUUGUAAAAUCUAAUAAGCGUUCAGUAGCUGUGCUGCUGCUUAGGGUGGAAAAAGAUGAAUUGGACACAAAGGGAAGUGGAUUUCAUGUUACCUUGGAAUGGGUUACAAUUGCAGAGAUAAGCAAAGAGGGUGAUCAUAGAUAUGAGAUAUUUAAAAGAAGAGUUUUACAAGGAAAAUCAAUCCCCCAUUAUGCAGCGAUAGAGCCAAGUGGGAAUGGUGUAAUGAUUGUUUCCUACAAACCAUUCAAAUUUGUGCAAGAUGAGGAUGACAAAUUAGAAGAAGAUAACAAAGUAGAAGAGAAUGACAAAUUAGAAGAGAAUGAUGAUGCAAAAGCAACAAAUGAGAAGAAAGACCCUCUCUAUUACUGGCAGCAGACUGAAGAUGAUGUGACAGUAACAGUUAGCAUUCCUCAAGACAUCACUAAGGAUGACAUAAAAGUGCGCUUUUCCCCUGAUAAGAUAAGUGUUGUGCUGAAGGACCAGCCUCCUUUGAUGGAAGGAGAACUCUAUUCAUCUGUGGACCAUGAAAGCUGCACAUGGAUAAUUAGAGAGAACAAAAGUUUGGAAAUUUCUCUAAUUAAGAAAAAUGAGGGACCCCGGUGGCCAGAGCUAAUAGUUGGUGACACAAGAGGGGAAUUCAUUAUGGACUCUUCCCAGUUCUCUGAAAUAACUGAAAGCCUGAUGCAUCUUACCUCUGAAGUAUUGAAUCCAGAUCCUGAAAAGAAAAAUGCGCCUUGUAAUGCUCAGGAAUUAGAAGAAUGUGAUGCUUUUCUUGAAGAUAAUGCAAGCUUGUGUAGAUUUGAUGGUGAUACCUUAAAAGUCACUCAUAUAAUUAAUCUUGGAAGCAACCAGUAUCUUUUCUCAGUGGUAGUGGACCCCAGAGAAAUGCCAUGCUUCUGCCUGAGACAUGAUGUUGAUGCUCUUCUCUGGCAGCCCCACUCAGACCAACCAGAGAACAUGUGGGAACACAUUGCAACUUUUAAUGCUUUGGGUUAUGUCCAAGCAUCAAAGCAAGACAAGAAGUUCAUGGCUUGUGCUCCAGAUUACUCCUAUGCUGCUCUUUGCGAGUGCUUACGAAGAGUUUUCAUCUAUCGUCAGCCAACUCCUCUGGCCACAGUUCUCUACAACAGGAAGGAAGGAAGACAAGUGGGACAGGUUGCUAAGCAGCUAGUAGCAACACUGGAAGCCAAUGAUCCUAUCUUAGGCUUUCAAGCUACAAAUGAGAGAUUGUUUGUUCUCACAACAAAAACCUUGUUUUUAAUAAAGGUGAACUCUGGAAAUUAAUUAUUCAGUAUAUUCUGCUGCAGUUUGUGUUAACCAUUUGUUGAAGAACUGGCUAGCAAAACGAUCUAAGAAGCUCAGUACAAUUUGCUGGGCUUUAAAAAGGAGGUAUCUUACAGGGGAA